AAGUUUCCUCUUUGCAGAGAAGUGUUUGGAAUGCUCAGUGUAGGAGGGGCUACAGAGUUAUAUAAUCUCAAGGCAGAACUGCUGAGAGCUUAGAGUGAGUUACACUGUGCACCCUGUAAGUGUGUUUUUUCUGUGUUCUUCACUAAAAAUGCCAGGAAUUGUAGUAAACGAAACUCAAUACUAGGAAAUCUGGCACGAGGAAACAUGUCUGGAAAACCCAAGCUGCACUACUUCAAUGGACGAGGCCGGAUGGAAACGAUUCGGUGGCUACUGGCAGCAGCUGGGGUUGAGGUUUUGAAAGACCAUGGAAAAGACUUCCUGGUUGGCAACCAGCUGAGCAGGGCAGAUGUGCAAUUACUGGAAAUCCUUUUAAUGGCAGAGGAGUUCAAACCUGAUAUAUUUGACAAAUUUCCUCUCCUGCAGAGCUUCAAAGCAAGAAUAAGCAAUAUCCCCACAAUAAAGAAAUUCCUGCAGCCUGGCAGCCAGAGGAAACCACCAUCAGAUGAGGAUGUUGUGGACAAAGUGAUGAAAAUUUUCUACUCCUGAACAGCACCCUAAAGCCGCUGAAACUUUUUCAUAGUAUUUGUAGAUUGUAGCAAAGUGAAAUUGAUUAAAAGUGUGGAAAUGUCAAAUUAAUGAAGAGUGAAAAAAGGUGCCUGAUCUCUCUUUCCUUAGCUACUGGACUGGUUUUAUCCUACUGCAGACUCUUCAAGAUAAACCUGCGUGAUCCUAGCAGCAAAGGAAAUAGUUCACGGGUAAGAGGGUGUAUUGGACAACACAGGGUGCCUUAAAUUAAUUAGAAUACCUGAAAUAAAAUCUUGCUAUUGAUACUCAAAA